GACUGCGCGCACCAUCAUGGCGGCGGCAGCAGUGGCUGCGGGUCCCGUUCGAGUCUGUCUAUGGGCUGCGCUGCUCAUCCUCGCGGCCGCCGUCUACGAAGACCAAGUGGGCAAGUUUGAUUGGAGACAGCAGUAUGUCGGAAAGCUCAAGUUUGCCUCCUUGGAGUUUUCCCCUGGAUCUAAGAAAUUGGUUGUGGCCACAGAAAAGAAUGUUAUUGCAGCAUUGAAUUCUCGGACUGGGGAGAUCUUGUGGCGCCAUGUUGACAAGGGCACAGCAGAAGGGGCUGUGGACGCCAUGCUGCUCCAUGGACAGGAUGCCAUCACAGUGUCCAAUGGUGGCCGGAUCAUGCGUUCCUGGGAGACUAAUAUUGGGGGCCUGAACUGGGAGAUUACCUUGGAUAGUGGAAGUUUUCAGGCUCUUGGGCUGGUGGGUCUGCAGGGCGUGGUGCGGUACGUUGUGGUCCUGAAGAAGACGACCCUUGCCCUCCAUCACCUCUCCAGCGGACACCUCAAGUGGGCAGAACAUCUCCCUGAAAGUGACAGCAUCCAUUACCAGAUGGUGUAUUCCUACGGCUCCGGAGUGGUGUGGGCUUUCGGUGUGGUUCCCUCCAGCCAUGUGAACAUCGUCAAGUUCAAUGUAGAAGAUGGGGAGAUUGUUCAGCAGGUCAGGGUCUCCACGCCCUGGCUGCAGAGUCUCACUGGUGCCUGUGGUGUGGUGGAUGAGGCUGUCCUCGUGUGUCCUGACCCCAGCUCACGGUCUCUGAAGACCUUGGCCCUGGAGACAGAGUGGGAGCUGCAGGAGAUCCCUCUGCAGUCUCUCGACUUAGAAUUUGCAAGUGGAUUCCAGCCUCGGGUGCUGCCCACUCAGCCCAAUCCAGUGGAUUCUUCUCGGGCUCAGUUCUUUCUGCAGCUGUCCCCCAGCCACUAUGCUCUGCUGUAUUACCAUGAUGGGGUCCUGAGUCUGCUCAAGAAUUUCCCACAGGCUGCCUUUGUGACCAUGGCCACCACUGGGGAAAAGACUGUGGCUGCCAUCCUGACCUGUCGGAGUGAAGUGAAACCCAGUAGUGCUGAAGAAGUGUUGGUUGGGAAUUUUGCAGAGAAGACUCGUCCACAGGACCCUCCGACUUGCUUCAACCAAACCUACACCAUUAACCUCUACCUGGUGGAGACAGGUCGGCGUCUGCUGGACACCACCAUCACUUUCAGCCUGGAACAGAAUGGCACUCGGCCUGAGCGGGUGUAUAUCCAGGUGUUCUUGAAGAAGGAUGACUCGGUGGGUUACCGUGCCCUGGUGCAGACAGAGGAUCAUCUGCUGCUUUUCUUGCAGCAGCUGGCAGGGAAAGUGGUACUGUGGAGCCGGGAGGAAUCUCUGGCAGAGGUGGUGUGCCUGGAGAUGGUUGAUCUCCCUCUGACUGGAGCACAGGCUGAGCUGGAAGGAGAAUUUGGCAAGAAGGCAGAUGGCUUGCUGGGGAUGUUCCUGAAACGCCUUUCUUCCCAGCUCAUUCUGCUGCAGGCAUGGACUUCCCAUCUCUGGAAAAUGUUCUACGAUGCACGGAAGCCUCGAAGUCAGAUUAAAAAUGAGAUCAACAUUGAUAACCUGGCCCGCGAUGAAUUCAACCUCCAGAAGAUGAUGGUUAUGGUUACUUCCUCAGGCAAGCUUUUUGGCAUUGAAAGUAGCUCUGGCACCAUCUUGUGGAAACAGUAUCUUCCCAAUGUGAAGCCAGACUCCUCCUUUAAGCUGAUGGUCCAGAGAACCACUGCCCACUUUCCCCACCCACCACAGUGCACCCUUUUGGUGAAGGACAAGGAUACGGGCAUGAGUUCUCUUUAUGUCUUUAAUCCCAUUUUUGGGAAGUGGAGUCAGGUGGCACCUCCAGUGCUGAAGCGCCCCAUCUUGCAGUCUUUGCUUCUCCCCAUCAUGGACCAAGACUCUGCCAAGGUGCUGCUGUUGAUUGAUGAUGAGUAUAAGGUCACAGCUUUCCCAGCCACUCGGAACGUCUUGCGACAGCUACAUGAGCUUGCGCCUUCUGUCUUCUUCUACCUGGUGGAUGCAGAACAGGGACGGCUCAGUGGAUAUCGACUUCGAAAGGACCUUACCACCGAGCUGAGUUGGGAGCUGACCAUUCCUCCCGAAGUGCAGCACAUCGUCCAAGUGAAGGGAAAGCGCACCAGUGAACACGUCCAUUCUCAGGGCCGUGUGAUGGGGGACCGCAGUGUCCUUUAUAAGAGCCUGAACCCCAAUCUGCUAGCUGUGGUGACAGAGAGCACAGAUGUCCACCAUGAGCGCACCUUCAUCGGCAUCUUCCUGGUGGAUGGUGUCACUGGACGCAUCAUCCAUUCCUCUGUGCAGAGAAAAGCCAAGGGCCCAGUCCACAUUGUGCACUCAGAAAACUGGGUGGUGUACCAGUACUGGAACACCAAGGCCCGACGCAAUGAGUUCACAGUGCUUGAGCUCUACGAGGGCACCGAACAGUACAAUGCCACUGCCUUCAGCUCGCUGGACCGCCCACAGCUGCCUCAGGUCCUCCAGCAGUCCUACAUCUUCCCCUCCUCCAUCAGUGCCAUGGAAGCCACCAUCACCGAGCGGGGCAUUACCAGUCGGCACCUGCUCAUUGGAUUACCUUCUGGAGCAAUUCUUUCUCUUCCCAAGGCUUUGCUGGAUCCUCGCCGUCCUGAGGUCCCAACAGAACAAAGCAGAGAGGAGAACCUGAUUCCAUAUUCUCCAGAUGUUCAGAUACAUGCAGAGCGAUUCAUCAACUAUAACCAGACAGUGUCUCGAAUGCGAGGGAUCUACACAGCUCCUUCAGGCCUGGAGUCCACUUGUUUAGUUGUAGCUUAUGGUUUGGACAUUUACCAGACUCGUGUCUACCCAUCCAAACAGUUUGAUGUCCUGAAGGAUGAUUACGACUAUGUCUUAAUUAGCAGCGUCCUUUUCGGCCUGGUUUUUGCCACUAUGAUCACUAAGAGGCUUGCACAGGUGAAGCUACUUAAUCGAGCCUGGCGCUGAAGACUUGAGACCUCCCCAGCCAGAGAAUGUAAGGAGUGAGACCCAGCUCUGAAGCUCUGGCUGCGGCUUGAUGGGUCGGCGUUGUAUCUGCACUUCAGAUGAGAGUCCUAGGGAAGUGGAUGGACUUGCCCAGAGUCUCCAAUGGGAUUCACCUGAUGCUAUCCUCUUCGAUGGAGUCUGCUCUUGUGCCCAGCGAGAGAAAACUUGAGAGCUCUUCCUUGAUGUUCCAAGGCUUUUGGCAUUUUCCCUUCUAGGGCUGUUCAUGAAUGAUGCUUUCCUUUCCUUCUUUUUGUAAAUUAAGGCCUUCAACAGAUUGUUCAUCUUUUAGGGAAGUAUGUUGAAACUGAUUUUUGUUUGCCUCUCUGUUUCCUACCUAGGAUUAUCUAGAACUCCUUCUGGCUGUUUCUUGUCUCUUGCUUUAGAGUCGGAAGGGAACUCUUAUACACCUUAUACACCUUAUAGGUGUAUUUACCCUUUUCCACUGGGAGAAAGACGAUCCAUCCUUCGCCAAGUUUUAAGGACUGGUCCCGCCUCUCGUGGCUUCUCUCCAAAGUAAUUUAGGCUUGAGGAAUCUGGUAUCAGAACUUGUUUUAACUAGGCCUCUAUUUUACUGGAUUAGAAGCCAGGUGUGUAGCAGUAUCUUGAUUUGCUGGUCACUCCCUAUUUACGUUGCUGAUAAGUCUAGAGCUGAGGCCUUUUUAGUAACUACUGAAUUGUCUGAACCCUGUAAAGAUUUCAGGGGAGGAGACAUAAUCUGUUUUUUUUUUUUUUUUAUGGUACCUCAGAACCACUAUUUAAGCUGGUCUGAUCGUUUUAGAACCUAGUUAGAGGAAGUUGUUUUUGUUUAAGGAACUCGUUAUUUAUUUUUAGAUAUAAAUUAAUGUGUGGAUCAUUGUAUUUCUCACAACGAGUAGAUUUUAAAUCUGAUUUAACAUUUGUAGCUUUAAAAAGUGAAAAUGGGUAGGGGUGGAACUCUGGUAGGGUGAAUGCAGGGUGCUGAUUGGCUGUGCUGUUUUAUCUGCUACAAAUAAAGGAGAGAUCCUGGAAGUUUUCCUUUGUUCAAGGGUUUGGGGCAUGAUGGAAUUUUGCUUUAUUGUGAAGAAUAAUGGAGGUAAACUCAAGUGUCUGAAUAAAGCAAGUGACAAAUGAAAUGACA